CCUUAUCCCAUCCAUUACACCUACUUUACUCUUCCACCAUCUCCCUCACUCCACCUCUCCCCUCCUCACAUACUUAACUAACCCCUCUCUCACACAACCCCGCCUCCCAUCAAAAAAGAUAAUUCAAAAAUGGCCGACAUCCUAACCCAACUCCAAACCUGCCUUGACCAACUAGCAACCCAAUUCUACGCCACCCUAGGCUACCUAACAGCCUACCACGACAACAGCGCGGCGACCGUGCCCCCGCAAACGCCGCACGCCGCGCCCGCGCUCGCCAAAAUCCCCAAGACCUCCUCCGCGCCGCCGGUGCCCGCCAGCGCCCCCCUCGCCGCCCAGCAGCAGAGCAACCAAACCCAACAAACACCAGCUGAGAACCCAGCACCGGUCCAACCAGGCGCACCGGAGGACACCCCGACGCAAGACCCCACGCUCCCGCCGGCGCCCGACUCGCCGCGGACGUUCGCGGCGCGGCAGCGCGAGCUGGCGCGGGAUCUGGUGAUCAAGGAGCAGCAGAUUGAGUAUCUGAUCAGUGUGCUGCCCGGGAUCGGGUCGAGUGAGGCGGAGCAGGAGCGCCGCAUCAAGGAGUUGGAGGGGGAGUUGAGGCGGUGGGAGGGGGUGCGCGGGGAGCGGAUGCAGGAGCUCAAGGCGUUGAGGGGCCGCUUGGAGGGGGUGUUGGGGGCGAUGGAGGUGGGGGUUUAUGGGGAGCGUGCUUAG